AUGACCCCCCCCCGGCAGCAGGUGCUGGCCGCCAUCCGGGCGGAGGUGAAGCGGCACGAAGGGGCCAAGAAACACGUGAAUAAGUUGAUUCGGUUGGUGGAGACGGUGCCGGAUCCGCGGCUCCGGGCCAACCUCACCGCGUCCCUCCGCGUGGUGCAAGAGGCCUUGGUGAACAGCCAGGAAUGGACCCUGGGCCGCUCCGUCCCCGAGAUCCGCCUGGGCGUCCUGGGCAGCAGCAAGAGCGGGAAGUCAGCGCUCGUCCACCGCUUCCUCACUGGCUCCUACGUGGGCCUGGAGCCCACCGAGAGUGGUCAGUUCAAGCGCGAGGUGAUGGUCGAUGGGCAGAGCCACCUCCUGCUCAUCCGGGAGGAAGGAGGCGCCCCGGAUGCCAAGUUUGCCAGCUGGGCAGACGCCGUCAUCUUCGUCUUCAGCCUGGAGAACGAAAGCAGCUUCGAGGAGGUGACGCAGCUGCACGCGCUGCUCAGCGGCUACCGGGGCACCAGCGAGGUGGCCCUGGCGCUGGUGGGCACCCAGGACAAGAUCAGCUCCUCCAACCCCCGGGUGAUCGAGGACGCCCGGGCCCAGGCGCUCUGCGGCGACAUGAAGAGGUGCCUCUACUUCGAGACCUGUGCCACGUACGGCCUCAACGUCGACCGGGUCUUCACUGAGGUCGCCCAGAAGGUGGUGGCGCUGAAGAAGCAGCAGCAGCUCAUGGCGUCCUGCAAGUCCCUGCCCAGCACCCCCAGCCACUCGGCCGCAUCCACCCCCGUCGGGGGCAUCCACCCUGGCCAGGCCAGCAACGGUGGCCACACCAGCGACUACUCGUCCUCACUGCCGUCCACCCCCAACGUCAGCCACCGGGAGCUGCGGAGCGAGACCCCGGCCCCCCUGGGCACCCCCAGCUCCCUGCACCGUGGGGCCAAGCGCCGCACCAGCCUCUUUGCCACGCGUCGGGGCAGCGACUCGGAGAAGCGGAGCCUGGACAGCCGGGGCGAGGUGGCGGGCAGCGGCCGCGCCAUCCCCAUCAAGCAGAGCUUCCUGCUGAAGCGCAGCGGCAACUCCCUCAACAAGGAGUGGAAGAAGAAAUACGUGACCUUGUCCAGCAACGGGCUCCUCUUCUACCACCCCAGCAUCAACGACUACAUCCACAGCACCCACGGGAAGGAGAUGGACCUUCUCCGUACCACCGUCAAGGUCCCCGGCAAGCGCCCGCCCCGUGCCAUCUCCGCCUGCGGCCCCUCCGCCAGCAUCAAUGGGCUGGUGAAGGACGUGGGCGGGGGGACGGCGCCCGAGGGUGGUGCCGUCGCCUCCCCUGUGGGGCUCAGCCUCCCCCCGGAGCCGGGGAUGAAGGGCGCGGGCAAGGCUGAGCGGUCCCUGCAGCGCUGCGCCUCCGCCUCCAGCGCCAAGCUCUCCGCAGACGGCCCCCCCACCUUCGAGGCCAUAUCCAGCCCCAGCAGCUCGGGCAGAGACCCGCCACCAUCGCCCAUGAUCGACAGGAAGAAGCACCGACGGAAGAAGCUGAUGACGCCGUCCAAGACAGAGGGCUCGGCCGGGCAGGCGGAAGCCAAGCGCAAAAUGUGGAAAUUAAAAAGCUUUGGUAGUUUAAGAAAUAUUUAUAAAACAGAGGAGGAGAACUUCGAGUUCAUCAUCGUGUCCAGCACGGGCCAGACGUGGCACUUCGAGGCGGGCAGCUUCGAGGAGCGUGACGCCUGGGUGCAGGCCAUCGAGAGCCAGAUCCUGGCCAGCCUGCAGUGCUGCGAGAGCAGCAAGAACAAGGCUCGUAUGGACAGCCAGAGCGAAGCCGUGGCUAUCCAGGCCAUCCGCAACGCCCGGGGCAACUCUCUCUGCGUGGACUGCGGGGCACCCAACCCCACCUGGGCCAGCCUGAACCUGGGGGCCUUGAUCUGCAUCGAGUGCUCGGGGAUCCACCGCAACCUGGGCACCCACCUGUCCCGCGUGCGCUCCCUCGACCUGGACGACUGGCCCCGGGAGCUCACGCUGGUGCUGACGUCGAUCGGCAACACCACUGCCAACAGCAUCUGGGAGAAGAACCCGCAGGGCCGCUGCAAGCCCACCCACGAGUCGUCCCGGGAGGAGCGGGAGUCGUGGAUCCGGGCCAAGUAUGAGCAGCGGCUCUUCCUGGCACCGCUGCCGGCAUCCGAGGCGCCGCUGGGGGAGCAGCUCUUCCACGCGGUGCAGGAGAAGGACCUGGAGAUGGUGCUGCUGCUCCUGGCCCACAGCAAGAAGGAGCAGCUGAACGUCAGCACUGGCGACAAGGACCGGCGCACGGCGCUGCACGUGGCCUGCGACAUGGCCCUCGUGGUCAUCACCCAGCUGCUGGUGUGGUACGGCGUGGACGUUCGGGCGCGGGACGGGCAGGGCCGCACGGCGCUCUUCUACGCCCGCCGCGCCGGCAGCCAGGAGUGCGCCGACAUCCUGCUGCAGCACGGCUGCCCCGGCGAGGGCCCCGGUGGCCCGGCCACCCCCGGGCUGCGCCGCAAGAGCAGCUGUGCCAGCAUGGGUCCCUGCGAGCCCCGGACCGCCCUGGUAUAG